GUGGCUAUGGAGGCUGUGGCGGUUGAUGGUUGACCGUCUGCUCCAGGGUAGGGGUCGCAGUUCGGGCGAUCCGCUCAGACUCGACCAUCGUGCACUGACACUCGACCUGGAGCCCGCGGGCGAGACCGUGCUCGGCUCCGCCAUGCCGGCCGGGAGUAACGAGCCGGACGGUGUCCUCCGCUAUCAGAGACCAGAUGAAGAAGCUGUGGUGGAUCAGGGUGGGACCAGUACAAUUCUCAACAUCCACUAUGAGAAAGAAGAGUUGGAAGGUCAUAGGACUCUCUAUGUGGGGGUUCGGAUGCCGCUGGGCCGGCAGAGCCAUCGGCACCACCGAACCCAUGGCCAGAAGCACCGAAGACGAGGCCGGGGCAAAGGAGCCAGUCAAGGGGAGGAGGGGCCAGAGGCCUUGGCCCACGACACACCCUCUCAGCGCGUUCAGUUCAUCCUCGGCACUGAGGACGACGAAGAGCAUGUGCCUCACGAGCUGUUCACAGAGCUGGACGAGAUCUGCAUGAAGGAGGGAGAGGAUGCCGAGUGGAAGGAGACAGCCAGGUGGUUGAAGUUUGAAGAAGAUGUUGAGGAUGGGGGAGAACGCUGGAGCAAGCCCUAUGUGGCAACCCUUUCACUGCACAGUCUCUUUGAGCUAAGAAGCUGCCUUAUUAAUGGAACGGUCCUUCUGGAUAUGCGUGCAAAUAGCAUAGAAGAAAUUUCAGACCUGAUCCUGGACCAGCAAGAACUGUUCAGUGACCUGAGUGACAGCAUGAGGGUUAAAGUACGGGAAGCCCUUCUCAAAAAACAUCACCAUCAGAAUGAAAAGAAGAGAAAUAACCUCAUUCCCAUUGUUCGCUCCUUUGCUGAGGUUGGCAAGAAGCAGUCCGAUCCACAUUCGAUGGAUAAAAAUGGUCAAACCGUGUCUCCUCAGUCUGUUCCAGCUACAAAUCUUGAAGUAAAAAAUGGAGUGAAUUGUGAACACAGCCCCGUGGAUUUAAGCAAGGUGGACCUUCAUUUCAUGAAAAAAAUUCCCACUGGGGCAGAGGCCUCCAACGUCCUGGUUGGCGAGGUGGAUACUCUGGACCGCCCCAUCGUCGCCUUUGUGAGGCUGUCUCCAGCUGUUCUUCUCUCAGGCCUGACGGAAGUGCCCAUCCCCACAAGAUUUUUGUUUAUCCUAUUGGGUCCAGUAGGGAAAGGUCAGCAGUACCAUGAGAUUGGCAGGUCCAUGGCCACCAUCAUGACAGAUGAGAUUUUUCAUGAUGUGGCCUAUAAGGCAAAAGAGCGAGACGACCUCCUGGCAGGGAUUGAUGAGUUCCUGGACCAGGUGACGGUGCUUCCUCCAGGGGAGUGGGACCCCUCCAUUAGGAUUGAGCCGCCCAAAAAUGUCCCUUCCCAGGAAAAAAGGAAAAUGCCUGGAGUUCCAAAUGGAAACGUUUGCCACAUAGAACCAGAACCACACGGGGGCCACAGCGGGCCAGAGCUUCAGCGCACCGGGCGGCUGUUUGGGGGCUUGGUGCUGGACAUCAAGCGGAAGGCCCCCUGGUACUGGAGCGACUACCGGGAUGCGCUCAGCUUACAGUGUUUGGCCUCCUUCCUGUUCCUGUACUGUGCCUGCAUGUCGCCUGUCAUCACCUUUGGGGGAUUACUUGGCGAAGCCACCGAAGGACGCAUAAGUGCAAUCGAGUCCUUGUUCGGAGCCUCCAUGACUGGGAUCGCCUAUUCCUUGUUUGCGGGACAGGCUCUCACCAUCCUGGGCAGCACUGGGCCAGUGCUUGUGUUCGAAAAGAUCUUGUUCAAAUUUUGCAAAGACUACGCUCUUUCAUACCUCUCCUUGCGCGCUUGCAUUGGACUGUGGACUGCCUUCCUAUGUAUUGUCCUUGUGGCAACUGAUGCCAGUUCCCUUGUCUGCUACAUCACCCGCUUCACUGAAGAAGCAUUUGCCUCCCUCAUUUGCAUUAUUUUCAUCUAUGAAGCAAUAGAAAAGCUGAUUCACCUGGCAGAGACCUACCCCAUCCAUAUGCACAGCCAGCUGGACCACCUUAGCCUGUAUUACUGUAGGUGCACCAUCCCAGAGAACCCAAACAACCACACACUGCAGUAUUGGAAGGACCACAACAUCGUGACAGCAGAAGUCCACUGGGCUAACCUGACGGUCACUGAGUGCCAGGAGAUGCACGGAGAGUUCACAGGGUCCGCGUGCAGCCAUCAUGGACCCUACACUCCCGACGUGCUCUUCUGGUCCUGCAUUCUCUUCUUUACCACCUUCAUCCUCUCGAGCACCUUAAAGACUUUUAAGACAAGCCGCUAUUUCCCAACCAGAGUACGCUCCAUGGUGAGUGACUUUGCUGUUUUCCUCACAAUCUUCACAAUGGUGAUUCUUGAUUUUUUGAUUGGAGUCCCAUCGCCAAAGCUUCAAGUUCCCAGCGUGUUCAAGCCAACAAGGGAUGAUCGCGGGUGGAUUAUUAGCCCCAUUGGCCCCAAUCCCUGGUGGACCGUGAUAGCCGCGGUCAUCCCGGCACUGCUCUGCACCAUCCUAAUAUUCAUGGACCAGCAGAUCACCGCCGUCAUCAUCAACAGAAAGGAGCACAAGCUCAAGAAAGGCUGUGGUUACCACCUGGACCUGCUAAUGGUGGCCAUCAUGCUGGGCGUCUGCUCCAUCAUGGGCCUGCCCUGGUUUGUGGCUGCAACAGUCCUGUCCAUCACACAUGUGAACAGCCUCAAGCUGGAGUCCGAGUGCUCUGCUCCUGGAGAACAGCCCAAGUUCUUGGGCAUCCGAGAACAGAGAGUGACAGGCCUUAUGAUUUUUGUGCUGAUGGGCUGCUCAGUCUUCAUGACAGCUAUAUUAAAGUUCAUCCCGAUGCCGGUACUCUACGGAGUCUUCCUCUACAUGGGAGUCUCUUCACUACAGGGCAUUCAGUUCUUUGAUCGUCUGAAGCUCUUUGGGAUGCCUGCGAAGCACCAACCAGACUUCAUUUACCUUCGGCACGUGCCGCUGCGCAAAGUGCACCUCUUCACCCUCAUCCAGCUGACCUGCCUUGUGCUGCUCUGGGUCAUCAAGGCAUCUCCAGCUGCCAUCGUCUUCCCAAUGAUGGUUUUGGCCUUGGUGUUUGUCAGAAAAGUCAUGGAUCUCUGUUUCUCUAAGCGAGAGCUGAGCUGGUUGGAUGAUCUCAUGCCUGAGAGCAAGAAGAAGAAGUUGGAUGAUGCCAAAAAGAAGGCCAAGGAGGAAGAGGAGGCUGAGAAAAUGUUAGAAAUGGGGGGAGACAAGUUCCCCUUAGAGAGCAGGAAGUUACUAAGCAGUCCUGGAAAGAACAACAGUUUCAGAUGUGACCCCUCUGAGAUCAAUAUAUCUGACGAAAUGCCUAAAACCACAGUCUGGAAAGCUCUCAGUAUGAAUUCUGGGACUACAAAGGAAAAGAGUCUCUUCAACUAAAAGUCUUUGCUGGGAUGGAAGAUUUGGGCCCUGAGGUGCUUCAGGGAAGUUCUGGUUACAGAGAAGAUGGCGAAUCUCCCAGAGAAGGAGCAAGACCAAGUCUGGCCCUGUCCUUGGUCGUGUCAAAACCAGGCCGGCGCGUUCGGUCAUUCACGGUGUGCACCGGAGGGCGCCCGGCCACUCCAUUCCAGCAGCCGGAUGGGAAUACGGAAGCAGAAGGCCACCUCCCGGUGGUACUUCUCCUCUUCCUUGUCUUUCUCUUCAGAACUGCCACCAUUGAAGACCCAGCUUCCCAUUUUCCAGGCAUUUUCUCUGAAAUUCUCUGCUGGCCUGCCAAGCCAUGUGGAUCCAUUCCGCCAUUGAGGAUUCCUUCGGCAAGGUUCCUCUUCCUAAAGGAUAAGGAAAGGAAGUGGGAGCAGAGAGCAGCAGGGAGGCUCUCCAGUCCCACAGGAUCCGUAGGCUCCCAGGCGGCCCUGGGCCUCGGUCGAAUUGCCUGCUCUCGGGGACACUCAGAGGAGAGGCUAUCAGGAAGGUCAGUGACCUGGGCAUUGGCAGUUCCCGUCACCGUGGCCAGAAGGCACCUCUGACCUGGGUGCAUCUUCAUUGUUCCCCAGCAGCAGACCACACAGCUCAGCAAGAUCCCUGGAUGAUGGAAGGGCCGGGAGGGACAUCGGAGCUGUUCGUGUUCGGCUCAUAUAGGAAAAGGCUCGGGGAAAAAUCAGUGAUGAUAAGUGAGGACGAGGAGCUUCUCUUGGUUUCACCGAGGAUAGAGUAAGAGACUGAACUUAAAUCGCUACAAAAGGAAUUAGUUUAGACACUAGGCAGGACUUCAUAGGCUGAAAAUUUGUCAUGGUGUCUGCUUUCUGAAUAUUUGGGAAAGGUUUGGUGAUAGUUGUGUGUGGGUAGAAAGGAAGACAAGGAGUUUUACUGGCCAUGUUGUGGGAACAUCCGUGUCUUGCUGCUGUCUCUGGAGGACACGUGUGAUUCCCGGAGACGUCCACGUGCUUACGUCAUGUCUCCUUAGCUGCCUUAGUAGCGAACCAUCAUCCUCAGUGGACCAAAGCCACCUUCAGCCACGUGGUUUCUUCAACAUCAGGAAUUGCUGUUGGCUGACAAAUGUCUGGCUCUCAGAUAUAAAAAGCCACAUUGGGAAAGGAACUGUAAGUGGUGAAAUUCAUUUUGAUGUUUAGUUUACAACUAUAUUUAUAGUUUUUCUCUUCUCUUUUGCAAUGAAUGUCAAUGGUUUGGGCUCCAGUAUGUAUAGAUCUUCCCUUUCUUUGCACACAGAAUGUGACCAGCAAACAAGUCAACACCCAGGGAAUCCAAUCAUAUAAGUUUUCCAUCCUGGAAAAUCUUUGUACAGUGUGACAUUCUCUCAAUGUGCCCUCCUCUCAUAGGUGAAGAGGUGGCUACAUACCUUUACUGAAUUUUGCAUUUCUUAGACUCUUAAAGUAUAUUAGUGUAUUGUAGACCUACUCCAAGGACCUGUGAUACUGAAGGAAUCCUGCAUUUCUUUCAUAGUCCCUAUUUCUUAGAGCCAUAAUUAUUUUAAUACACAGAUGAUUUUCAAAAUAUUUAACAACUGGUAUAGGAUGGACACCACCCACUCAGAACGGAUGCCUGCUGUAAACAAGCAGCAGUCUGAUCUGCUGCACUUCAGGCUGCUUUCAAAUGUUCAAUGCUGUCCCUUUGCAUUGUGGGUAUUGUUCCUGGCUUUUCUGAUCUUACAAGGCUGAAUGGGUACAAGGUCUAGGAAGAGCUUCAACUUCCUUUCCUGUGGCACAGACAGGAACAGAAAUUCUUUCAACUAAAUGGGCAUUAAAAUCUUUGUGAGCCGAAGCUUCACAUUUUGUCAUUUUAGGGUAGAUGUAAUCAUUGUACCCAUUUACCUACCUAAUCCCAACCUGUCGGUGGGAACAGCUUUCCUGCCAGCUUUCUCUGCUCAUUCCUGCUCAUUCUCUACCACUCAUUCCUUGAGCUUACGGCCUUUCUUACCUUUGCUUCCUGAGAACGCCCCUGCGCUCUCCCUCUGUCUUGCUCCUCCCAUCUUCUCCUGCCACCUCAGUGUAGGGUGGCUGGUGACUGUCACCCAUUCCCCUAGCCUCAGCGAGGCUGUAAGGAAUGGAAGAGGAAAAGGCCCUUUAUGCAACAAGACUAGGUGACAGUAGCACUCAGAAGAAUCUCUCUCCUAGUACACUGAUGUCUGGCGUCUGCUAGGCUUCCGCAGAGCAGGGAGCCCGCGGUGGGGAACUCUGUGCAGAGCAGCUACAGGACCACAUGCGCACUUGCGAAUCCUUCCAAGUCAAACCCUCCCAGGUUACUGCACCUCAGGAACGUUAGUUAGCUGCUUUAGAAGGGCAUGCCAGUCUUUAGGCCACCAGAUUUUUCUCAGACAGUGGCCAGGCUCAUUUCUGCUACAUCUCAGUGGUGGGAAUCAAUCCCUAGUCUUACUCUCUCUCGUUUCCCAGCUCCCACCCAACACUCUGUCUCAGGCCUGGCUGCUUCCUUGCUCGGGUCUGACAGGUGAGCGUGGUGUCAGGGCCAAGCGGGCUGUGUUUGGGGCGGGAGGCGGGGAGUGGGCGUGGCGCUGCAGUGGUGUGUGUUCGUGUGUGUGCAUAUGUGCGCAUGUGCGUGUGUGUUUGUCAACUGAGCUUUCAUCGUUGCUAUUAAACAGUCUGUGCACCUGAGCUGCGGGGAUAUCAAACUAAUACCAUCACCCCCGCAUCCAGGAGUUCCGCUCUCAGAAUUCUCCAACCGAAGAGCUUGAGGACAAGUAUAGGCUGAUUAGUCUAUCGAAAAAGGUGUUUAAUCCAACAAUAAGGAGAAACUGACUGAGGGGUAGAAAGCAAGGCAGGUAGGUAGGUGCUUUCGGUGCCCAGGUUUGGUUGGGCCAGAGAAGCAGUCUGCCUCUUUUAGGGCCCCGGGCACGUUUCAGGAGCAACUGGGUGUCGGUGGGCCAGUGCCCUGAGGAGCUGGUUGUGUGCAGGCCAGGAUCUAAGAAAGUGACGAUGAGUGCGAUCUUGGUUCAAAGGCCGAAGGGCAGGCAUUGCUGAGAGUGUGGGUUGCUUCCUAGCCUGUGACUUUGGGAGGGUCGAGAGAGGUGAAGGCUAGCAGAAAUAUGCUGUGAAAUUGCCAGAUACAUUUGAUUGCAUAAAAUGCAGGCUAGCUCUUUGUGGCUAUAUAUGAUUUCAGGCUUCUGAUAAUGGAAUAAUUGGGAGGUCUGGUCUUUACCACAUACAACUCCUUUCCCUGUCUCCAUAUCCAUAUAAAUUUGCCUUUAGGAUAGAGGGGUUGUUAGUGAACCAAAAGGCAGUGUGAACAUUUGCUAUUUCUCUUCAUCUGGGAUGUCACUGGCUUUUAUGUUAGUUACAAAUGUUUGAUAAAAAUAUGGCAUAUGCUUCGUCUCAGGCUUGGUUGAUAUCUCAGGCUCUGACCACUGUGACUCUCAAGAGGUCUCUGAUCCAGGAAGCUGUGGUUUUUGGUCAUUCAGCACAGAUAGUUCCCACUUCUGCUUUAUUUGCUACCUACUCAACUCCCAGACUUUCCUUUCCCGGGUCAGCAAUUCUCCCUGCAUCUUCUCCAUUGAUUUCCAUGUUCUGAGUCUUCACGCUUUCCGGGAGCAUAGGAGGACGGGCCCAGGUUUGCUGGCUUUCCUUUUAACUAGCAUAAGAAGUACUAUUCAAUGUGUUCUGCUACUUUAUCAACUUCUCUAAAUUUCUUCUUCUGCAAGAGAGUUAGCACCUUCUCCUGGCAUAACUGAACCAAAAAUGGAGGUCCAGCUGCCUGCCACCAUAAAACCAAACUAAUGAGGCAGAUGCUGAUGCAAAAGGAAAGAGGUUUUAUUCAGGUUCUGCGUGGUCUGGGAGAAUGGCAGACUCCUGCCUCAAAGCCCAUCUCCUCUUUCUGCUGUGGAAAUAGUCCAACCAUCCUCAGCAAGACCAAGACAAAAGCCAGUGCCCAGAGUUUCUGCUCCAUUUUAAAGCACAGUCCUUUGGAGCCCACAGGUAGGUGGCUGCUAAGUGGUCUUAGUCCCACCCAGGUAGCUUAGCUUGUUCCUGGCUGCUGUUUAUUUCAGGAUCCCUCCUAGACCCUGCGUGUGGAGUCCACAUGGCCCUGCCAGGGCACAUGGUUGCAUGCUCUAGGUGAGAGUUGUGCAAAUGCACACACUAGUGCAUCACCAGGCAGGCAAGAGAGAAAGAGGCUCUCUCCAGGAGGCCAUGGGCUGUGUGGCUGUCAAGACCACGUGGCCCAUGGAGAGAAUAGGCCAGUGCACAGCAUGCGUCCAGGUCAGGAGCCCAGGAGCCUGUUUGUUCCCCUGGGUUUAUAUUGGCUUGGGUAUGGUAUGGACCAGGUGCUUUCUCAAAAUGACCAACCAACUUCCAACACUCUUAUGCACUUCGGAUGGGUCCAUCUCCCAACUAAUCCCUUCCUUCCCCAGGCUAGACUGACAGGACUCUCUGGUCCAGCAUCUCCCCUGUGCCAUUUUGACUUCUAUAGUACACGUGCCUGCCUUCCCCUGAUCCCACUCCCAAUCUAGAAUGGGGCAGGGGAGGGAUUUUUCUCUAUUCAAUUAUCUUGCUAGGUUUUUUGGGUUUUUUUGCAUUUGGGCCCUAUCAAUUGAUAUUUCUAGCUUUCCCCAUGCUCAGUGUAAGAACCGCCCCCUACCACCACCUUGGCCAGUGGGGGAGAGAGACUCUCCAGAGUUCUAGACUGACUGUCUACUGGUAACACUGGGAUUUUAAACAGUGUUUGCUGGUUUGUUACUGCAAUUCCCUGGGACUUGCCACAUUUCCAAGUCACAUCCUGGCAAGACAGUCGGGAGCCCUGAGCCUUCUCGGCUUUCUUUUGGUUGUAGCUGUCGGGCCUGCCCUGAGGGAGAGGUCCUUCCUGUGGGCCCUGGCUGGCCGCGAAGGACACCACCGAGGUCCACCCCUUUCGCUAACGCAGCCUUUCGGGCACUAUUUCCUCUUCUUCCUGCCUUUUUCUCAGUCUUUAAAUAGAAGUUCCUUGGAUAGAAAUUCCUGAUCAGAGGUUCUAAAAGACACCAGUUUUGAGGACAGUGAGAGAGGUGAGGAGGUUGAAUAGUUCUGGGCUUUCUCACAAAGGGGACGUUAUGGUUACUUUUCUUAUUUGGGAUGGGGGUCUGUGGAUUCUCAAGCCCUCAGGCUCAUCCGUAUUUCAGUAGAAACAGAAAAAGACAUUCUACGACCAAAUAGAAGUGAUUUUUUUUUCUACCAAAAUCUAUUUUUUAUGAUUCUUGGCACCCUGGUCUCUUACACUAACUACAGAGAAUGGGCACUCGACUCCGUUAAUAUUUCUUUACCAGAAAUGAGGCUGAUUUUUGUAACCAAAAGAGGCGUGAAGUAGCGGGGUCCAUCGCUGCUUCAAGCGUGAACGGAGGGAAGGAGCGCUAUGCCGAUGGUUUCCACGGGGAAACCUGGGGCGGGGAGUGACAUCCACAGGCACGGUUCUCUCAGGAGACCGUGCUGCAGGGGAAUGGAAUGGUUCUAAACAUCCUGAAGAGAGAGGGAAUGACAUUUGUCUUCAACUGAGCCCACUUUCGGCACUGACGAACAAGAACCUUUUCUUCUGGCCGACGGCAUUAGUGCUGCCUGAGAGAGGGAAACCCACCCAGGGCACGUCCUGGGCCCCGCCGACGUCAGCAGAGCUGGGGGCUCUGAGCAGGUUUUCACACCCGCAGGGAUGUUAGAAACAGGAGCACCGAACUGAACGUGCAAUUACUACUGCAAAGGAGGCCAAAAUCCUCCCCCUGCUCCUUUCUCCCACAUUCACUCCUCCAAGAUGAUAGGCCUCCCUCUUGUUUACCUGCAUUUAUCUGUCUGGUUGGUCAGAUACGGCUGCCGGCUGCCGUCCCAAACUAGCGGGUGGCGGACAGAGCAGCCUUCCCGUGGGAGGGGACAACUUGAGGUGCUGGUACAUUGCCCUUGUUUUCUAAGUUCUUCUUUCUAGUAGGUUUCAUGUAGAGAUAGAGAUAUUUUUGUUUUAGAGAUUCCAGAGUAUAUAUUUUUAGUGUAAGAAAUGGACCCUCCCCACACCCCACCGUGUAAACAGACCUGAGAACAGCGUCGUCGUCAAAACCCACAGUGUCUGCAGUAGGAGUAGGACCCCUUGCCCGCACCGCCAGCCGCAGGCCUGUCUGUGGGCCAGGGCAGGCGGCUGCGAACCCUCUGCCGGCCCGGACUUCCCUGUGCUUAAU